GUGAGAUGGAAAUUCCACUGGCCUGGUGCCAAUCCGUAUGGAGAUUGUACAAGUGAAGGUACUCUGAAAGCUGGACUGAUUUCGGCCGCGGCAGUUGUGGUUUGUCAGCACCGGGAACAGGAGGGACGUCACUUGCAGAUGCAGUGAAAAACUGGUAUCUCGCAGAAGCUAGCUUUCCCGAGCAGCAAAGAAGCGAGACACAUUGUCUGUCGUUUUGCCCACUGCCGGUUUUCUUCGUAAUUUAAGUCUUGAUUUGCUGGAACUGUUCGAAAUGUGUCAAACAUUUCAUCACGCAAUUCCUUAGUAGCUAUUUAAAUCCAUCGAAAUUAAUACGGUCAUUACGACGAGAGAUACUCGCAGCUGCGGCUGGUCGGUUGUACCAGAGACAGUGCUACCGCGUCGUGGUUAAACCCUAACAUGUAUACCCACGACUGUCUAUCACAUACAGUUGGGCAUUCUGGAAACGUCUCAUACUACGUUUUGCAAUAAUCUGAUUUUUAUGGUCUUAAUUUUGAUGUAAUAUGCAAGUACACUGAAAGUAGGUAGCUUGUAGAUAAUCCAGCUUUACCGAGCAGCGUAAACGUGAGCUGUAGGUGCAACGAUGGAUUUUUUCCGGGUUUGCGUCUUGGUUCUAGCAUGGACCUGUUGCCUUUUUCACCCGCGAUUGGUCCUCGCCGAUGCAGACGAUUCCAAUAGUACUAACUCAAUCUGCCAGGCUAUGGUGCCCUCCCCGAAGCUUGAAAUGUUUGUUGAUAAGUUGCCGAAACUCAGGAAAAUUUCUUUUGCAAAUGGCAAGAAGUUGACCAUCGGAGUCUACAAAAUCAAGCAGAAAUUGCACAGAGACCUGCCACCGACAACGCUGUAUGCAUACGGCACAACGGCACGGACAGCCUCCUACCCGGGGCCAACCCUGGAGGCAAUCCAGAAUGUGACAUCCCAUAUUCGCUGGGAGAAUCACAUUCAUGAUAAGGAGCACAUGUUCACUGUUGAUCCCACUGUAAUGUGGGCCAAUCCUAAGAAAGGGGGAGUUCCAAUGGUCGUCCACCUUCACGGUGCCGAGACUGCGGCUGUAUCUGAUGGUUACCCUGACGCAUGGUACACUGCCUUCGGAGAUACGGGACACGCUUACACCACCAAGGAUUACCAAUAUCCCAACCAGCAGUCACCCACCAUGCUCUGGUAUCAUGACCACACGUUCGGCAUCACGAGGCUGAACAUCUUGUCUGGAAUGGCUGGGCUCUACAUCAUCCGGCCGAAGGAGAAGCUGCCGGCAUGGAUACCUCACAAGAACUACGAGGUGACGCUCUUUCUGCAGGACAAGGCCUUGUACAAUGACGGCAGAAUCAACUUCCCCACCGUGGGACUGUCCCUGAGAAAUCACCCUCACUGGUGCCCGGAGUAUUUCGGCGACGUGAUCCUCGUGAACGGCAAAGCAUGGCCUUACCUCGUCGUCAAGCCUCGCAAGUACCGCUUCCGUCUCGUGAAUGGUGGCAAUGCGAGAGUUUUCGAGCUUUCUCUGAGCACCCACAAAACCGGCUUCAUUCAAAUUGGUACCGACGGAGGACUCCUCGAAAAGCCGAUGUAUGUGAGCAGCUUAAUCGCUGCUCCAGCGGAGAGGCUGGACUUCAUCAUCGAUUUCUCCCUUGUCGCCGGGGAAGACAUUAUUCUCAAAAACUCAGCACUUGUGCCCUAUCCCGACGGGGAUCCAGCGUUCACCCCUCCCAGCACUCAAAGCAUCAUGAAGUUCAAGGUAAAGAAGUUUGACAAAGACGAUGCGCCGAACUCUCCAGCCAUCCCUGCAAUGCUCCGGAAGCCAGACCCCGUGAUCAGCUUAGAAAAUGCCACAUGGAGAACAAACACGAUGAUCGAAAUCGCCGACGAGGACGAUUUUCCCACUGGUUCCCUCCUUUCCAACCUCACCUGGAUGGACCCAGUGACCGAUAUCCCUUACCUCGGCUCCACCGAGAUCUGGGAGUUCAUCAAUCUUACCCCAGACGCGCACCCCAUGCACAUCCACCUGAUUAAAUUCAAGGUGCUCAACAUCCAACCCUUCAACCUCACACUCUACGAGGAGAAGGGCUGCCAUCGCUUCGAGCACUCCUACCGCGGCCCGGGGAGCUGCAUCACGGAGGACCCUGUGGAGCCCAAGGCGUACCACGCAGGAUGGAAAGAUACCGUGAUUGCACUUCCUGGUUACAUAACCAGGCUGGUGUUGCACUGGAGCCCGGAAUACGGCGGCGAGUUCCCGUUCGACGCGACUGCAAAGCCUGGGUACCUCUGGCAUUGCCACAUCCUGGACCACGAGGAUAACGACAUGAUGCGCCCUAUUCAGAUGCUGAGGAGAUAGCGACCCCAGUGGCCUGAUCGACGCGGUGUGAGCUGGGAAGAGGCAAUGCAUGUGUUUUGGUAUCGAUGUGUUCGUCGAUGAGCUUGUUAGAUAGACUUAGUUGUGUACAUCACAAAAAGAUAUAAAAGAAAAAAGGCUGUGACUGGUGAUCGCCAAAAUCACUCAACCGUAAUAAACUUCCCCUGUGGUCUACAAUCACCGCAAUCUACAAUCA